AUCGGAUUUACCCGGCCGACGGGGCAGCGGAAAGCCCGGCCGGAUCCGCAACCGUGCGGCCGCGCUGUAAACAAUGAGCUCGGAAGCGGCUGCUGCAGUUCCCGUGCCGUGAAGAAGGGAGCCGGGCUCCGCGGGAGGAGGAUGCGUGCGUGGAUGUGAGCCGUCCCUCGGCGCCUCUCCGGGAUGCCGCUGCCAUGGACGCCGGCCGCCGGCGGGGAUCGCAGCCAGAGCCCGGCCUGACCUCGCCGCAGAGCGGGGUGUGACACCGGAGCUUUUUUUUAAAUUAGUAUUUGUUUAUUUAAUUUUUUUUUUUAACCGGGUUGCGGUGGUUUGUGGCUCUGCGUUUCCAGCCACCCGCGUCUCUCCGUCCAUCCAUUCAUCCACCCCUCAUCCAUCUAUCCCUCCCUCUCGGCGCCGAUGCCCGCGGUGGCCGCCGCCGCCUGAAGGGCAGAGCCAUCAUGUACCUCCUGGACAGCAGCGAGCCGCCGGCCGCCGCCUCCUCCCCCGAGAGGAUGCAGCGGGGCACCCCGCAGAGGAAGACCGUGUACCGCAUCUCCGUGACCAUGGUGAAGAAGGAGCUGCUGGGGCCGGAGAGCGGCCGCGCCGGCCCCGAGCUGCCCCGGCGCGGGCGGAGCCGCCCGCCGGGCUCCUCCAGCCUCACCAGGGCCGGGCUGCUGCUGCUGGAGGAGGAGGAGGGCGAGGAGGAAGGCGAGGAGCGGGACACGGUGCCCAGCCCCUGCGGCUUCCGCACCUUCAGGACGCUGAGCACGGGGCAGCUGGAGCUGGGCCGCCUCAAGGUGCCGAGGAGAGCGGGGCCGCCCGUGCCCGGGGCGCCGCGGGGCAGCGCCGGACCCGGAGAAGCCGCGGCGGCCGCCGCCGCAUCCCCGCCCGGGGAGGAGGGACACAAGGACGGGGGGUCCGAGGAGCCGGCCCCGGAGGAGCGGGGCCACAGCCCGCGGCGGCAGCCGGGGCUGCUGCGGCGGAGCUUCAGCUUCAGGCACUGGAGCGGCGGCGGCGGCGCGGAGCCGGCCCGGGUGCGGCGGCACAGCAGCUCCGGCUGCCUGCCCGGGCCGCCGCCGCCCUCGCCGCCCGCCGCGCUCCCCGCGGAGCCCCCCGAGAAGCGCAACACGCUGGACGUGGGCGAGGUGCUGAGCCAGGCGGACCCGCUGUCCCGGCUGGAGCGCUGGGAGCGCAGCAAGAGCAAGAACCGGACGCUGGAUAACAGCGACCUGCAGCGGCUCUCGGAGCGGCUGGGCCGGGAGGGCCCCGCCGCCGGCACCGAGCACCGGCUCCUGCGCUUCUUCAGCGGCAUCUUCGCCCGCAGGGACGGCCCAGCCGCACUCUUCGGCAGCCCCCACGGGCGCUCCCCCCGCAGCAGCUUCUCCAGGUCCAGGGCUUAUUUUAGCAGCCUCAGGAGAGCUGCCGUGGACAUGCAGUCGAGCUCCGAGAGCAUCAACGGGUCCCCCCAUAAAGAUGCCUUUGUAAAUAGCCAGGAAUGGACACUGAGCCGAUCUGUACCGGAGCUGAAAGUGGGCAUCGUGGGUAACCUGGCCAGUGGGAAGUCAGCGCUGGUGCACCGGUACCUGACGGGCACCUAUGUCCAGGAGGAGUCACCUGAAGAUAUGGAUGCAGGUGGGAGAUUCAAGAAGGAGAUAGUGGUUGAUGGACAGAGCUACCUGCUGCUGAUCAGAGAUGAAGGGGGCCCUCCGGAGGCACAGUUUGCCAUGUGGGUGGAUGCUGUUAUCUUUGUGUUCAGCUUGGAGGAUGAAGUCAGCUUCCAGACCGUUUACCACUACUACAGCCGCAUGGCCAACUAUCGCAACACUAGCGAAAUCCCCAUGGUCCUGGUGGGCACCCAGGAUGCUAUCAGCUCCACCAACCCCCGUGUCAUCGACGAUGCCAGAGCCAGGAAAUUGUCCAAUGACCUCAAGAGGUGCACUUACUAUGAGACCUGUGCCACCUACGGGCUCAACGUGGAGAGAGUCUUCCAUGACGUUGCCCAGAAGAUCGUUUCCACCAAGAAGAAACAGCAGCUCUCAAUCGGACCCUGCAAAUCUCUACCCAACUCUCCGAGCCACUCCUCCGUGUGUUCUGCCCAGGUUUCUGCCGUACAUAUCAGCCAGACCAGUAAUGGAGGAGGGAGUUUAAGUGAUUAUUCCUCCUCUGUCCCAUCAACUCCAAGCACCAGCCAGAAGGAGCUGCGGAUUGACGUUCCUCCCACUGCCAACACACCAACUCCUGUCCGUAAACAGUCCAAGCGCCGGUCCAACCUCUUCACGUCUCGGAAAGGGAGUGACCCAGACAAAGAGAAGAAGGUCCUGGAGAGCAGAACAGACAGCAUUGGAAGCGGCCGCGCAAUCCCAAUUAAACAGGGGAUGCUGCUGAAGCGGAGUGGCAAGUCCCUGAACAAGGAGUGGAAGAAGAAAUACGUGACGCUGUGUGACAACGGCGUGCUGACCUACCAUCCCAGCCUGCACGAUUACAUGCAGAACGUUCAUGGGAAAGAGAUCGACUUGCUGAGAACCACUGUGAAGGUCCCCGGGAAGAGGCCACCCCGAGCCACAUCAGCCUGUGCCCCUAUCUCCAGCCCCAAAACCAACGGCCUCUCCAAAGACAUGAGCAGUUUACACAUCUCGCCAAAUUCAGGGAACGUGACUACUAGCACAUCUGUGUCUCAGAUGGCCAGUGGGAUCAGUCUGGUGUCCUUCAACAGCCGCCCGGACGGUAUGCACCAGCGCUCCUACUCGGUCUCCAGUGCAGAUCAGUGGAGCGAGGCCACAGUCAUUGCCAACUCUGGCAUUAGCAGUGACACAGGCCUGGGAGAUUCGGUGUGCUCCAGCCCCAGCAUAUCCAGCACCACCAGCCCCAAACUGGACCCCCCUCCUUCCCCCCACGCCAACAGAAAGAAGCACCGCCGGAAGAAAAGCACAAGCAACUUCAAAGCUGAUGGCAUCUCGGGCACGGCUGAAGCCAAACGCAAAGCUUGGAAACUAAACCGUGUUGGUAGCCUGCGAAAUAUUUACAGCAGCAGCAGCACCAACACCGAAGAACAAGAAGAAAACUUCGAGUUUAUCAUCGUCUCUCUCACGGGCCAGACUUGGCACUUUGAAGCAACCACCUACGAAGAGAGGGAUGCGUGGGUCCAAGCCAUAGAGAGCCAGAUCCUGGCCAGUUUACAGUCCUGUGAGAGCAGCAAGAACAAGUCCCGCCUGACGAGCCAGAACGAGGCCAUGGCCCUGCAGUCCAUCAGGAACAUCAGAGGCAAUUCCCACUGCGUGGACUGCGAGGCACAGAACCCCGACUGGGCCAGCCUCAACCUGGGAGCCCUCAUCUGCAUCGAAUGCUCAGGUAUCCACCGCAACCUCGGCACGCACCUGUCGCGGGUGCGCUCCCUGGACCUGGACGAUUGGCCCAUCGAGCUCAUCAAGGUGAUGUCAGCCAUUGGCAACGAGCUGGCCAACAGUGUGUGGGAGGAGAACAGCCAAGGCCACGUGAAGCCUUCCUCAGACUCCACCAGGGAAGAAAAGGAGCUCUGGAUACGCGCCAAGUACGAGCAGAAGCUCUUCCUCGCCCCGCUGCAGUGCCUGGAGCUCUCUCUGGGCCAGCAUCUCCUGAGGGCCACGGCCGAGGAGGACCUGCGGACGGUGAUCCUGCUGCUGGCCCACGGCACGCGGGAGGAGGUGAACGAGACCUGCGGCGACGGGGACGGGCGCACCGCCCUGCACCUGGCCUGCCGCAAAGGGAACGUGGUGCUGCUGCAGCUGCUCAUCUGGUACGGCGUGGACGUGAUGGCGCGCGACGCCCACGGGAACACGGCGCUGGCCUACGCCCGGCAGGCCUCCAGCCAGGAGUGCAUCGACGUCCUGCUGCAGUACGGCUGCCCCGACGAGCGCUUCGCCCUCAUGGCCACCCCAAACCUGUCCCGGAAGAACAACAACCGCAACAACAGCGGCGGGAGGAUGCCCACCAUCAUCUGAGGGGAGCUCGCUCGCGUGUUCGCUGACCCGAGUCACAUCCGCAGCCUCACAUUCCUCCAUCCCCAUCGCAGCUCCGCUCUGUGAGUCUGGUAACUCUCCUUCUCCCUUUUCCCUUCGGUCCACCCCGAGUCCCGGGCGGAACGUGGAGAGCGCGAGGGGCCAAGGAGGAGCGCGGGGGCUGCCGGGCAGGCCGUUGUUUCAGUGCCCGCCGCCCGGCCGGGAGGGCGCGGGGGCCGCGCCGCGCACGGCACCCCCGGGGCGCCCAGGGACGGGCGGGGGGAGAGGCGAGCCGGAGCAGAAGGAAGGAGAGACGGUGACUUUCCCUAACUGACAGUGAAGCACAUCAGAACAUUUCACCUCUACCGAACGCGGCGACGCCUGGAUUUCCAUUCUCUUCUCCUGAAGAGCUUGACGGCAUAAAUCAGAAGCAAGCACAGAGUUUGUCAGGUUUGAAGCUCCUAUGAUGGUAUGUGUCAAAUCAGUUGUAGCUAAUCUGUCCAGGGAGAAUACUGGCUUCAUUACACUUGUAUAGUUGAGUUCUUCCAGCAUUACUGCUGUUUAAUAGAACAUGAUUAGUCAUCACGGAGAAAAAAGCAUAUUAGCUGAGGAGGUAGUUACAUGGCACGCUUCGGUGAUUGCUUGGAUGUGAUUGCAAUAUUCUUAGAAGCAUCAUAUUAUCUCAGACAUGUUCUUUCGAGCCCUCGGAGCCCUCCUUUCUAAAUUCACUGUCAUAAUUUAGUAUCUGUUUAAUUUUUCAGUCCAAAGAGAGGAAAUGAGUUGCUGAGUGUUAUUUGACUGCGGUCUCCUUGGUGUAAAAACAAAAUGGAAAAAAUAAAUAAGAGUAAGCCCGAAACACAAAAAGGAAUAAUGAAUACCGCUACGGAAAGCAACAUUUCAAGUACGUUCGGUGAAAUUAAUAAACGCAUUAAAGGAUAAUUUUUUUUUUUUUUUUUUUGGUUACGUUUUCAGCCAGCAGAAAUAGGUUCUGUCAUUUUGCCAAGGUAAAUCGUGUUGAGUUUUUGGUCACUCCUGUGAUGCAUUGCCUAACUUAUACAGAUUUUUGUAUUGUGUCUCUAGAUUCUAUGUAUUUAAAAUCUAUUUGAAUAAAAAAAAAGACCGUAAAUAUACAUCGAUUUUUUUUUUGUACAGAAAAUGACAUCUCUGUUAAUUUAUAAACUGUAAUGGAUGUGAACUAAAUAAUGUGCAACUAGUUAGGAUCUGUGGGUUACAGAUCAUUAUUGUACAUCGAUAAUAUUCCCAGCAGCGAACUCUUCUUUCCAAAGCCUGUGAGGAACAACGUAUCAGUAGGAGAUCAGGGCACAGGGAAUUUAAAAAAAAGCCUGUGAGACCUUUUAGAAAGGAAAAAAGAGGCUGUUCCUCAGCGCUGUAAAUAUACUUUACUCCAGAAGUCAGGAAGCUUUCACAAGCCAAGACAAAAAGCCCCAUUCUGGCUGGGGGAAGAUCAGAUUUGAUUAAGUUCAGAAUUGAUAGCCUUCACCGCGGCGGGCAGGGCACGGCUGCGCUCCGCUCCCAGCCCGCCUGCUUUUGGCAAGAAAAAUGGCUUGUGGAAGUAGCCUGGACAGUUCAUUUCAAUUGCAAGUUUUGAUACUUGAUUGGAUUCUUUGGGUCUUCUCCUGCUCCCCACUAGCAGGAUUGUGGCGUGGGGAAGCAGAGGUUUUGGCAGGCAGAAAAGUGAUUUUUCUUUUGUUGGGUUUCUUAUUUGAAAUGGCGUAUGGCAACGUGGGGAUCGGGGCAGGGUUUAUCAUGGAGAACGUUGAAAACUCAACUGAAUUUGAUGGCAAAGGAGCAAUUAGGUGAAGGCAGUGAGGUGCACACGGCACAGUAAUCUGCAAAUCUUCCUGCUCCUGUGUAUUUCCCAAGCCUUUGGUGGUGCUCUUCCUUGGAGCUCUGGGUUCCAUUCAGCACACAGAUGGGAGGAGCAGUUGCUAAAUAAACUGAAUGUGGACAAAAUGCAAAGGCAAAAAUGGGAUAUGGUUAUCUUAAGGGGAGGAAACAAAAGGGAAAAAUUAUGGAUUUGAGGUAAAAUUGUGGCUCAAGGUAGAAGCACAAGAAUAUGGACCAGCUUCUAAUCUUUGGUGGUGUUGUCCUUUUGUACCUUGUUCUUUUCUAGACCUUGGAGUAUUUGGAGGGAGGGAAUCUUUCUCCAGCCAGCCUAGGCUGACUGCACCAGACACAGCCGAUUCCCUUUCCACUGGGAUACUUCUAAAUAUUGUUGGGUUUUGUUUGUUUGUUUGUUUGUUUUUUUAAAUUCAGAAAAGCAGUCUGUUUGAACUGCCAUUUCUCCACCAUUCCUGAUGUUUGGUACUUACAGGUGGUCCCUCAGGGGAGGGGACAGCCCAGCUGAUGUGCAGCUGCAGGGGAUGCUGUGAAACCCUCUGUGUGCUGGUGCUCAGGAGCUUUGCCACAGCAGGGAUUCAGGAAUGGCAAUCCCAGAGGUGCUAGAGCUGCCUGCUGCUCCCCCCAGGGGCAUCCAGGGCAUUUGUAUCCCAAAAACCAGUGUUUCAAACCCACAGUGGGCAGAGUUCUCAGUACACGUUCUGUUUCAGAGCUGGGUUUUUUUCCUAAUUGAGAUUAUUUUCUGUACAUCGCUUAAUGCUCUCCUUCCUCUGACAAGGCUGAGGGUGAUGUUUGAGAAACAAGGGCAACCAGGCAGAUUUCGGGUAGACAGAUUGCGUGGUUCUUUCCUAAAAAUCUUCCGAGGGCAACCCUUGAAAAAGCACAGAAUAUUUUUAGGAGAGGAAAAUCCAGUGUAUUACAGGGAAAAAAAUACGCAUCCAGGCAAGCCAAGUAAUACUUCAAUUAGGUGGUAACACAGUUGCUUUUAGGCUAAACGUGGUUUUCCCAUAGGUGUUGGCAUAAUUAUGUUGAAGCGGUGUUGACGUGGGGGUCUGUGGGGAGGAUCCCCAGCCCUGCACGUGGCAGAGCUCCCUUGGAAAGUCGGGAGAUCCCAGAAUUUCCUCACAUGGAAAGGCCCCGCCGGAUGAGGCCACCCAGGGCCAUUGUCACCAAGUCAAUCCUUGCAGGGUGGAGGACAGGGAGGAAAGCCCCUGCCUCCAAGGCAGGGAUGGAGGAAGCUCUCCUUGGCUGGAUCCUGGUGGGGCUUGGCUUGGAGAGCUCCUCAGGCUUUUCAGGGCGUGUGUUUGCACUCUGCAGAGGCUGCUCUUGGAGCCAUCCAGGUGCACAGUCAGGCAACGUCUCCUGGCACUUGGAGAUCCCACAGGAAUCAUCAGUAACUCCAUUCCCCCACCCCUUUCCUGCUCCUUGUCUUGUGUUUAGCCACUCUUGUUGCUUUUUUGGAACCCUUUGAGCAUGUUGGGAGGAAAACAAGCCCCGACUGUAACCCAGUCCAUGAGAAAUCCCAGCAGACACCCAGCAGCCAAAGCUGUUUUCUCUGGAGUCUGGCAGUGGUUGUCAUUGCACCCCCACUUAACCCUUCCCCUCAUCCCAGACACCUUGAAAUCCCUGUUCCUCUGCACUUUAUCCAUGACUAAAACACUAGAAGUGAGCCAGCCGUUGCUGUUUCUGUAUUUCCUCCUGUCUUUGGCUAAUUGCUGUGGAAUUCGGUGGGAUGUGUCACACCUGAACCUGGGUACUGCCGGGGAGGGUUGUCUUCUCCUUGCUCUUCAUGAAGAAAAAAAGACCCAACCUUGGGAAAAUUCAGGGUCCUGCCCUGAAUGCAGAGACUUGGCCAAGGGCUCCCAUUACCAGAUUUCCAAUCUUGGUGGUAAAAAAGGAGCAGGGAAAAAGGGGAGAAAAAAAAAAAAAAAAAAAAAAGCUUUAGCUGCACUUGGAGAUUUCCCUGGGCCAGAGAAGGCCGAGGCACGUAGGGAGAGGAGUCGAGGUGGGAACGCAGAUCCGGGCUUGGAAGCGAUCUCUGGCACUGUAAUGUAGAAUAAUUAGAUUAUAUGGGGUUGGAAUAGCUUCAGCUUUUAUAUUUGUAUGGAGAUCGGGAGAAAUGAAGUAAUUUGUAGUUUCUAGUAUAAAGUAGUGGUAGUGGAGACAAGCACAGAUUUCACAAGGGGGUCCCCGAGGGGCCCUUCCCAAACGUCUCGGGGAGCCGCCUUUGCACCUUAACAGGGAUGGUUGUUGGGGUUUGUUGUUGGUGAAACGCUCAUUUCAUGUUCGCUUAAGUGGUUGUUGUCGGCGGGGGCACUCGAGGGAAAGGAGGAGAGCUUUGGGGACCAAACUUUGAGGCAGCUUGGCUGGAGAGGAGACAACUUCCCCAUCCUCAUCUCAUCGUCAGGCAUCUUCCUUCCCCCUCCGGAGGCUGCUGCACCGAUCCUUUGGUGGGAUCCCUGCCCGUUGGGCCUGGAUCCUCAGUUCCACACCUUCCAUCCUUGAUGAUUUGUGGGUAAAAUUGACUGCGUGGAAAACCCAGGUUUGGAUGUUCUUGGGCUUGCUGCACAACAGGAAAAGAAAGCAAAAACACUCCGGAGUAAAGUUCUUUUCAAGGUAGAAAAGAAACACUGAACUACCCCAAAUUAAGAGGUUCUGCUGUGAGUUUUUGAGUUCUAAGCUCCCAAAAAAAAGAAGGUUGGCUUGAAUGGUUUUAUUGGAAAAUAAUCUCCUGUUUGAAAAAAAUAAUAGAGUUCAUAGAGCAAAACAUCCAAAGGCGUAGAUGGGUGAAUUUGUCGGUUUAGGGUAUUUGUAGGUUUUACUUUGUUGUUUAGCAUGGGCCAGUGUUUAAAGUAAAUAUUGGGACAGUUUUACCUAGAGUUGACUGAAUCUGUCCUGUGCUUUAAAGGGAGGUUUGAGGGGGUUUGGCCAGGAGUGUCAGGAGCUGUGAAUAAUUCACAUUUAGAGAGGGGAAUUGCAUGAUUUCUGAAAAGUCAGUUUGGGAUGUUUUUUUAGGGCCAUCUUCGGCCCCAAAUCGCCAAGCAUGUUUCUGGCCCCAUGUUUCAUUUCAGGGCGACAGCAAGGUGUGUGGGUGAAUGAACUCCCAUCAUUUACUACCAUGUUCAGGGGAAACAAUUCCGCUUGUGGAUGGAUAAAAUAAAGAUGUCUUUGUGCAUUUCAGGAGUUUUAACCUCUUCAUCUCCCCGUGGCUGCCUGCACCCCAAACCCUGUGGCACAUUCAGGCGGCAGCGGUCGGUCCUGUUGGCAGGCAGAGCCUCAGCUUUCCCUCAGCCAUGGAUGUUCUGGAUGUGUUUGUUUUUAGCUUCCAGUGCCAAGGACUGGCUGUUCUGCAGUGCUUCAGAGCUACUCAUUUUUACAUCUGUGUGUCCUGUACAACAUGUGAAGGGGGGGUGGGUGGGGGACGCUUCAGAGGUCUCCUGGCAUGCCUUGGGGACGGUGGCCACGUCGCUUGCUGGCAGUGAAUGCACCCUCAGCUCUUCCCUGCUUUCCAGAACUGAUCCAUGUGGGUUUCUUGUUGCUCCUGAGAGCUGAAGUAACCAAAAACAUUUCCCUGGUCCUCAGGAAUUGCAGGGUAUGAGGAGGAAAACCCCUCACAGAGACGGCUCGGUCAUGUCUGCUCUGUGCUGAAGGCAAACCCCAAAUCCCUGCAGGACCAAGGAAGGGUUCUGGUGCUGAAUGUGGGGUUUUGGCCUCUGCAUCCCGAAUGUAGGUGUUGAGCUGAGUUGAACCGGUGGAUGAAGUGCAGCCAGGGUGUGCUGAGCCCUCAGGGGUCACCUGGAGGUCACUUUGCACUUGCUCUGUGUGUGUGUGAGCUGGUGCCUGCUCCUCACGCUGCUGUCAGUGAUUGUGGGAAUCCCCAUCAUCACCGUCAGGAGCUGGAGCCAGGCUUCGGUUGGAUGUUUGCAAGUGGGCAAGUUUCGCAGCUGGAGUCAGACCUCACUUCCAAGGUGGCAGGAUGGGGGACACUGGCUUGAGGGAUGGAGAGGUGCAGGGAGAUGAGGUCCAGGCUUGCUGCAGCCUUAGAGGUUUCUCCAAAAGUCCAACUCCAGGCAGCAACAUUCAGCUUGAGAAAACCUUGAGCUUGGCCCCCAGGACUGGAGGGGAGAAAUCCCUCCCUUGCUGAAGAGGAGAAAUCCCAGCUCUCCAGCCAUGGGGAUGGGAAGCUCCAGGGAAGGAGAUUCCAAAGGUAGAAAGGAGAGAGUCUUGCCUUUCAGAGGCCCUUUUUAAUAUAAAUCUGUUUGAGGCUCAUCUUCCUGGCUGAAUCUGAGUGUGGGAGCAGCGAGCUGUCGGGGCUGCAACAGGUCCCGCUGCCUUUUGGAGCUGCUGAGGUAACAGGGAGACGUUUCCAAGUGAGAUGUUCCCAAGAGCUGUCUCCAGGUGGGUUCUUCCCCAAGGGCAGCUUCUCAUCCCUCCCUCCCCAUCUUCUUGGCCACUACUGGCUCCAAAAAGUUUGCUGUGGGGGGACCACAGACCUCAGCUGCAGCGGGCUGGGAAUGCUUGACCCGGCGCUAGUGACACCAUUUCUACCCCGGCUUCGGUGUCUUGUCCUUCCAGGGGAACCCAUGGGAAGAGGGCAGGAAGGAGCUGUGGAGAAGGCCAUGGCUGGGUGUGCAGAAACCGUGGGAGGAUCUUUAGUUCCCCUCUCCUUCAAUUCCUUUGAAAUGCUGUUGAAAUGCCCCCUCGGUGUUUUUUCCUGAGGUAACCAGGGACUCGGCUGGAUUCUCCAUGGAAUCUGCUGAGGAGAAGAGGAUGAAGCCAUCCUCUGAAAGCACACAGCUCCGUGCAGGUCCCGAGUUUCCAGGGUUUGGCUCAGCUCCCUUUUACUGUGUCACUGUCAAGAGCACCUUUCUCUUGUGGACUGCACGUGGGUGCACAGACCGAGGGGGAUUUGGGGGAGGAGUGUCCCCUGGAACACCAGGGACUCGUUCUGUGGUGGUUUUGACUCGGCUUGGAACGGCCAAGAGCUCGGAUCUGCAGCUCCUACUGCCUUAAACCCCUCGGCUUCAGCAGGAUUUGAGCAUAUCCCAAAUUCUUGGCCCACACCUGAGCAGAUCCCACCUGUGGCCGCCUGCAAAGGCUGGAUUUUGUGUUCAGCCCCCAAACCUUUCAGGUCUUUCUGCUUUGUGGUGUUUGUCUUUCCAGUUGAGUAGGGAGGGAGCCCAGGUGAGUAGGGGACACCUGCUCGGGGUAGAGGCAGGAGGUACCUAGCACAUGGCAGGCUUUAUAGCAAGUUUUGGGUUGUUGGGGGUUUUUUGUUUGUUUGUUUCUGUUUCUGUAAAUAAUAAUGUAUAAAUGAUGACGAGACAGUGUGGAAAUCCUAAAAAAAAAGGCAAAAAAAAAAAAAAAGGUCUUUUGUUGUUGUUUUUAUAUUACCUCAUCCAGCAAGUUUGUUUUACAAUGACUCGAUGAUGCUUUAUUUAUAUUGUUUGUACUGUAAUUAAACCAAUUGAAACAUUUCACUUUGCUUGUUGUUUCCUAUGAUUUGGGUUUGAUUAAGUAUGCCAGUUUGUAUUAUGUUCCCUUUCCCUUUCUCUCUCUCCUCGUCGAGAUUUUUUGUGUCAGCUGUACAGUAUUCUGAAUAAUUAAAAAUAAAAGCAAAAAAUUAAAAAAAAAAAAGAAAAAAGGAACAAAAAAGCUGUAAAGUACCGCAGAGAGAGGCUGCUAUAUUGUAUAGGUCUCUUUCUAAUAAAGACAAGAAAACUUGUUGGACGCA